CAGAAUUGGACCCUGGCCUUUCCGUCUGUGAAACUGCAAGGCUAGUCGGCCAAGUUACACGUCAGCACACCCUCGUUGGUUCGUGCCUGCGCCGCUCCGCCCUUGUCUUUCCGCUUCCAGCUCGCCUCCCUCUCUCGUCUCGAAUCCACACCAUUUGUUGCUAUUCUCUCAAGUCUUACCCCAAAUUCUCAGCUCUCACCUUUCUCUCUCUUCAGGAUCUACCCUGCAUGGGAACGAAAGUUUUACGAUCUCAUCGAAAUACAAACGACGCUGUCGUUGUGGUGGAUUGCUGAAUCGCCCGGGGCAAUUCUCUUCUCUGAAAUAUGCUGCGGGAGGAAGAUGUUAUUUUUCGAUCAAACGGAAGCGUGCGGAAGAGGACUAAAGCGCCGCCGCCGGAGAGCGGAAAGAAAUACAGGCCCAUGGGGGAUAUAAUGCGGACGGCGAAGCCUGUUUGUCCCGUCAACGAAGACUAUUACUCGUACAUCAGGUGUGAGCAGUGCCGAUCAGGCGAACGAGAGGACGAGCUCGUUCUCUGCGACCGUUGUGAUAUGGGAUACCACCUUUACUGCCUCAGGCCGAUCGCGGUCAGGGUUCCCGUAGGGCCCUGGUUCUGUCCUAGCUGCACCGGCGGGAGAACAGUGAGAAGGUUCCCGCAAUUGCAGAAGAUGAUCGUCGAUUUUUUCCGGAUUCAGCAAUUGACAAAUGCCCCAGAGGACGAGGAGCUCAGGGCAUUUCAUAGUGUCAGGAAAAGAAGAAGGCGUUCCAUGCCCUUAGUCAGACAUAAGAAAAUGAGGAGAAUAUUGCCAUUCACUCCAAGCAAAGAUCCAAAACAAAGACUUGAGCAGAUGUGUUCCCUUGCGACUGCAUUAACAGCAUUGCAGAUGGAGUUUUGUAAUGAUCUAACUUACAUGCCUGGAAUGGCACCAAGGUCUGCCAAUAAGGCUAUUUAUGAGAAGGGUGGAAUGCAGCUCCUCGCUAAGAAAGACAAAGAAACACUGGAGAUCUGUAGAACCAUGUACAGGAGAGGGGAAUGCCCUCCUCUGGUCGUAGUCUUUGAUGCAUGUGAAGGCUUUACAGUUCAGGCAGAUAAAGACAUAAAGGACAUGACUUUUAUCACUGAGUACACUGGAGAUGUGGAUUAUCUGGAAAAACGAGAAGAUGAUGAUUGUGAUAGCAUGAUGACCCUCCUUCUUGCAACCAAAACCUCUCAAAGCUUAGUUGUUUGUCCUGAUAAACGGGGAAAUAUUGCUUGCUUCAUCAGUGGAAUUAACAACUACACUCUGGAAGGUAGGAAGAAGCAGAACCUUAAAUGUGUAAGGUAUAAUGUCGACGGCGAGUGUCGGGUCUUAUUAGUUGCUUGUCGAGAUAUUACUCGAGGUGAAAGGCUAUAUUAUGAUUACAAUGGUUAUGAGCAGGAGUACCCAACUGAACACUUUUUCUGAUAUUCUCUAACUCUUCAGUUAACCAAUCACCUAACCUUUCAUUUUGAAGGGCAAAUCUGGAUCAGAGAGACUGUUUUUAUGGGCAAAAGGUACUCUUUGCUCCUUUUCAUCUAGUCCUCCAAUUCAGCCCCUAAUAGUUUUUAUUUAUUUUUCAUCGAUCAUAUUUGUAAAGCAACCUUCAGUAAUUCAGCUUCAUUGGCAAAUGUCUUAUAUGAAGUAUCUUAUAAAAUUUUCUUUUUAGUGCAUGAUAAAGAAUUUUUAUAA